AUGGUCGAAGACCGCGAACGACGGCAGCGCGCGAAAAAACGCGUAUAUAAGGAGCACCUCGGCCGAUAUCCACAGCUCCUCUCGAAUGUGGGACCUCUCCUCUCUUCUUGCCGUCGCUUCCACUGCCUUCAGCCGCACGUCUUCUGUGAAACGAUUUCCGCUAAACGCCUUCUGAAAGAGGACUACUGCUGGACGCUGUUCAAAGUAAGUUGAACAAAUCUGUAAAUUUAUCUACUUUUUUUUUUCAUUUUCAGGCGAAUCAGCAGAAAACGGCCUGCACCUGAAGCCACUUCUUCAAAACAAAAAAAGAUGCCUUUUUUACGUUGUCUAGGGUGAGUUGAUGGAAGUUGUGGAUUUAUCUGUGUUCUUUUGUUUUUCAGGCAAACAGGAGCGGAAGGCAUUCUUCUGGUGAUAAAAGCCUCCCUGCAAAGAAUCUAACUGACGCUUUCAUUCACAGGUCACUCGUCAACGUCGCCCUCGUCUUCUCAAGCGAUCGAUCGAGAAAGGAGGAACAACCGGAGAGGGGAUCUCGACACAGGUAUCAAAAACCCUCAGAAUUCAGAAUAACGUGGUCCUUUCAGUUCUUCGGGACUUCGUCGAUUCCUGGGGCGUUCGCUCGUAGGAGAAGCGGUGGUGCAGGUACUUUUGUCUUUUUUUAGUCAAUUCUGUUUCUACAGGUGUCAUAGGGUGGGCAGCGAACGGCCUGCACCAGAAGCCACUUCUCCGAAAAAGUCCUCCCACUUCACGUCGUCUAGGGUGAGUUGAUGGAAGUUCUGGAUUUAUCUGUGUUUUUCUGUUUUUCAGGCAAACAGGAGCGGAUGGCAUUUUUCUGGUGAUAAAAGCCGCCCUGCGAAGAUUCUAACUGACGUUCCCAUUCACAGGUCACUCGUCAACGUCGCCCUCGUCUUCUCAAGCGAUCGAUCGAGGAAGGAGGAACAACCGAAGAGGGGAUCUCGGCACAGGUAUCAAAAACCCUCAGAGUUCAGAAUAACGUGGUCCUUUCAGUUCUUCGGGACUGCGUCGAUUCCUGGGCGUUCGCUCGUAGGAGAAGCGGUGGUGCCGGUACUUUUGUCUUUUCUGAAGUCAAUUCUAAUUUUUUCCACAGGUGUCAUAGGGUGGGCAGCGAACGGCCUGCACCAGAAGCCACUUCUCCGAAAAUGAAGCCCACUACCCGUCGUCUAGGGCGAGUUGAUGGAAGUUGUGGAUUUAUCUGUGUUCUUUUGUUUUUCAGGCAAACAGGAGCGGAUGGCAUUCUUCUGGUGAUAAAAGCCUCCCUGCAAAGAUUCUAACUGACGCUUUCAUUCACAGGUCACUCGUCAACGUCGCCCUCGUCAUCUCAAGCGAUCGAUCGAGAAAGGAGGAACAACCGAAGAGGGGAUCUCGACACAGGUAUCAAAAACCCUCAGAGUUCAGAAUAACGUUGUCUUUCCAGUUCUUCGGGACUUCGUCGAUUCCUGGGGCGUUCGCUCGUAGGAGAAGCGGUGGUGCAGGUACUUUUGUCUUUUCUGAAAUCAAUUCUAAUUUUUUCCACAGGUGUCAUAGGGUGGGCAGCGAACGGCCUGCACCAGAAGCCACUUCUCCGAAAAAGUCCUCCCACUUCACGUCGUCUAUGGUGAGUUGAUGGAAGUUCUAGAUUUAUCUGUGUUCUUUAGUUUUUCAGGCAAACAGGAGCGGAUGGCAUUCUUCUGGUGAUAAAAAUCGCCUUCUGAAGAAUCUAACUGACGUUUCCAUUCACAGGUCACUCGUCAACGUCGCCCUCGUCUUCUCCAGCGAUCGAUCGAGGAAGGAGGAACAACCGAAGAGGGGAUCUCGACACAGGUAUCAAAAACCCUCAGAGUUCAGAAUAACGUGGUCCUUUCAGUUCUUCGGGACUUCGUCGAUUCCUGGGGCGUUCGCUCGUAGGAGAAGCGGUGGUGCAGGUACUUUUGUCUUUUUUUAGUCAAUUCUAACUGUUUCUACAGGUGUCAUAGGGUGGGCAGCGAACGGCCUGCACCAGAAGCCACUUCUCCGAAAAUGAAGCCCACUACCCGUCGUCUAGGGUGAGUUGAUGGAAGUUCUGGAUUUAUCUGUGUUCUUUAGUAUUCAGGCAAACAGGAGCGGAUGGCAUUCUUCUGGUGAUAAAAAUCGCCUUCUGAAGAAUCUAACUGACGUUUCCAUUCACAGGUCACUCGUCAACGUCGCCCUCGUCUUCUCCAGCGAUCGAUCGAGGAAGGAGGAACAACCGGAGAGGGGAUCUCGACACAGGUAUCAAAAACCCUCAGAGUUCAGAAUAACGUGGUCCUUUCAGUUCUUCGGGACUUCGUCGAUUCCUGGGGCGUUCGCUCGUAGGAGAAGCGGUGGUGCAGGUACUUUUGUCUUUUUUUAGUCAAUUCUAACUGUUUCUACAGUUGUCAUAGGGUGGGCAGCGAACGGCCUGCACCAGAAGCCACUUCUCCGAAAAAAAGUCCUCCCACUUCACGUCGUCUAUGGUGAGUUGAUGGAAGUUCUAGAUUUAUCUGUGUUCUUUAGUUUUUCAGGCAAACAUGAGCGGAUGGCAUUCUUCUGGUGAUAAAAAUCGCCUUCUGAAGAAUCUAACUGACGUUUCCAUUCACAGGUCACUCGUCAACGUCGCCCUCGUCUUCUCCAGCGAUCGAUCGAGGAAGGAGGAACAACCGGAGAGGGGAUCUCGACACAGGUAUCAAAAACCCUCAGAGUUCAGAAUAACGUGGUCCUUUCAGUUCAUCGGGACUUCGUCGAUUCCUGGGGCGUUCGCUCGUAGGAGAAGCGGUGGUGCAGGUACUUUUGUCUUUUUUUAGUCAAUUCUAACUGUUUCUACAGGUGUCAUAGGGUGGGCAGCGAACGGCCUGCACCAGAAGCCACUUCUCCGAAAAUGAAGCCCACUACCCGUCGUCUAGGGUGAGUUGAUGGAAGUUCUGGAUUUAUCUGUGUUCUUUAGUAUUCAGGCAAACAGGAGCGGAUGGCAUUCUUCUGGUGAUAAAAAUCGCCUUCUGAAGAAUCUAACUGACGUUUCCAUUCACAGGUCACUCGUCAACGUCGCCCUCGUCUUCUCCAGCGAUCGAUCGAGGAAGGAGGAACAACAGGAGAGGGGAUCUCGACACAGGUAUCAAAAAAACCCUCAGAGUUCAGAAUAACGUGGUUCUUUCAGUUCUUCGGGGACUUCGUCGAUUCCUGGGGCGUUCGCUCGUAGGAGAAGCGGUGGUGCAGGUACUUUUUGUCUUUUUUUAGUCAAUUCUAACUGUUUCUACAGUUGUCAUAGGGUGGGCAGCGAACGGCCUGCACCAGAAGCCACUUCUCCGAAAAAAAGUCCUCCCACUUCACGUCGUCUAUGGUGAGUUGAUGGAAGUUCUAGAUUUAUCUGUGUUCUUUAGUUUUUCAGGCAAACAUGAGCGGAUGGCAUUCUUCUGGUGAUAAAAAUCGCCUUCUGAAGAAUCUAACUGACGUUUCCAUUCACAGGUCACUCGUCAACGUCGCCCUCGUCUUCUCCAGCGAUCGAUCGAGGAAGGAGGAACAACAGGAGAGGGGAUCUCGACACAGGUAUCAAAAACCCUCAGAGUUCAGAAUAACGUGGUUCUUUCAGUUCUUCGGGACUUCGUCGAUUCCUGGGGCGUUCGCUCGUAGGAGAAGCGGUGGUGCAGGUACUUUUGUCUUUUUUUAGUCAAUUCUAACUGUUUCUACAGGUGUCAUAGGGUGGGCAGCGAACGGCCUGCACCAGAAGCCACUUCUCCGAAAAAGUCCUCCCACUUCACGUCGUCUAUGGUGAGUUGAUGGAAGUUCUAGAUUUAUCUGUGUUCUUCAGUUUUUCAGGCAAACAUGAGCGGAUGGCAUUCUUCUGGUGAUAAAAAUCGCCUUCUGAAGAAUCUAACUGACGUUUCCAUUCACAGGUCACUCGUCAACGUCGCCCUCGUCUUCUCCAGCGAUCGAUCGAGGAAGGAGGAACAACCGGAGAGGGGAUCUCGACACAGGUAUCAAAAACCCUCAGAGUUCAGAAUAACGUGGUCCUUUCAGUUCAUCGGGACUUCGUCGAUUCCUGGGGCGUUCGCUCGUAGGAGAAGCGGUGGUGCAGGUACUUUUGUCUUUUUUUAGUCAAUUCUAACUGUUUCUACAGGUGUCAUAGGGUGGGCAGCGAACGGCCUGCACCAGAAGCCACUUCUCCGAAAAUGAAGCCCACUACCCGUCGUCUAGGGUGAGUUGAUGGAAGUUCUGGAUUUAUCUGUGUUCUUUAGUAUUCAGGCAAACAGGAGCGGAUGGCAUUCUUCUGGUGAUAAAAAUCGCCUUCUGAAGAAUCUAACUGACGUUUCCAUUCACAGGUCACUCGUCAACGUCGCCCUCGUCUUCUCCAGCGAUCGAUCGAGGAAGGAGGAACAACCGGAGAGGGGAUCUCGACACAGGUAUCAAAAAAACCCUCAGAGUUCAGAAUAACGUGGUCCUUUCAGUUCUUCGGGACUUCGUCGAUUCCUGGGGCGUUCGCUCGUAGGAGAAGCGGUGGUGCAGGUACUUUUUGUCUUUUUUUAGUCAAUUCUGUUUCUACAGGUGUCAUAGGGUGGGCAGCGAACGGCCUGCACCAGAAGCCACUUCUCCGAAAAAAAGUCCUCCCACUUCACGUCGUCUAUGGUGAGUUGAUGGAAGUUCUAGAUUUAUCUGUGUUCUUUAGUUUUUUUCAGGCAAACAUGAGCGGAUGGCAUUCUUCUGGUGAUAAAAAAAUCGCCUUCUGAAGAAUCUAACUGACGUUUCCAUUCACAGGUCACUCGUCAACGUCGCCCUCGUCUUCUCCAGCGAUCGAUCGAGGAAGGAGGAACAACCGGAGAGGGGAUCUCGACACAGGUAUCAAAAAAACCCUCAGAGUUCAGAAUAACGUGGUCCUUUCAGUUCUUCGGGGACUUCGUCGAUUCCUGGGGCGUUCGCUCGUAGGAGAAGCGGUGGUGCAGGUACUUUUUGUCUUUUUUUAGUCAAUUCUAACUGUUUCUACAGGUGUCAUAGGAUGGGCAGCGAACGGCCUGCACCAGAAGCCACUUCUCCGAAAAAAAGUCCUCCCACUUCACGUCGUCUAUGGUGAGUUGAUGGAAGUUCUAGAUUUAUCUGUGUUCUUUAGUUUUUUUCAGGCAAACAUGAGCGGAUGGCAUUCUUCUGGUGAUAAAAAAAUCGCCUUCUGAAGAAUCUAACUGACGUUUCCAUUCACAGGUCACUCGUCAACGUCGCCCCUCGUCUUCUCCAGCGAUCGAUCGAGGAAGGAGGAACAACCGGAGAGGGGAUCUCGACACAGGUAUCAAAAACCCUCAGAGUUCAGAAUAACGUGGUCCUUUCAGUUCUUCGGGACUGCGUCGAUUCCUGUGGCGUUCGCUCGUAAGAGAAGCGGUGGUGCAGGUACUUUUGUCUUUUUUUAGUCAAUUCUAACUGUUUCUACAGGUGUCAUAGGGUGGGCAGCGAACGGCCUGCACCAGAAGCCACUUCUUCGAAAAAGUCCUCCCACUUCACGUCGUCUAGGGUGAGUUGAUGGAAGUUCUGGAUUUAUCUGUGUUCUUCUGUGUUUCAGGCAAACAGGAGCGGAUGGCAUUCUUCUAGUGAUAAAAACCGCCCUGCGAAGAUACUAACUGACGCUUUCUUUCACAGGUCACUCGUCAACGUCGCCCUCGUCUUCUCAAGCGAUCGAUCGAGGAAGGAGGAACAACCGAAGAGGGGAUCUCGACACAGGUAUCAAAAACCCUCAGAGUUCAGAAUAACGUGGUCCUUUCAGUUCUUCGGGACUUCGUCGAUUCCUGGGGCGUUCGCUCGUAAGAGAAGCGGUGGUGCAGGUACUUUUGUCUUUUUUUAGUCAAUUCUAACUGUUUCUACAGGUGUCAUAGGGUGGGCAGCGAACGGCCUGCACCAGAAGCCACUUCUUCGAAAAAGUCCUCCCACUUCACGUCGUCUAGGGUGAGUUGAUGGAAGUUCUGGAUUUAUCUGUGUUCUUCUGUGUUUCAGGCAAACAGGAGCGGAUGGCAUUCUUCUAGUGAUAAAAAAACCGCCUUCUGAAGAAUCUAACUGACGUUUCCAUUCACAGGUCACUCGUCAACGUCGCCCUCGUCUUCUCCAGCGAUCGAUCGAGGAAGGAGGAACAACCGGAGAGGGGAUCUCGACACAGGUAUCGAAAAACCCUCAGAAUUCAGAAUAACGUGGUCCUUUCAGUUCUUCGGGACUGCGUCGAUUCCUGGGGCGUUCGCUCGUAGGAGAAGCGGUGGUGCAGGUACUUUUGUCUUUUUUUAGUCAAUUCUAACUGUUUCUACAGGUGUCAUAGGGUGGGCAGCGAACGGCCUGCACCAGAAGCCACUUCUUCGAAAAAGUCCUCCCACUUCACGUCGUCUAGGGUGAGUUGAUGGAAGUUCUGGAUUCAUCUGUGUUCUUUUGUUUUUCAGGCAAACAGGAGCGGAUGGCAUUCUUCUGGUGAUAAAAGCCGCCCUGCGAAGAUACUAACUGACGCUUUCUUUCACAGGUCACUCGUCAACGUCGCCCUCGUCUUCUCCAGCGAUCGAUCGAGGAAGGAGGAACAACCGAAGAGGGGAUCUCGACACAGGUAUCACAAACCCUCAGAGUUCAGAAUAACGUGGUCCUUUCAGUUCUUCGGGACUUCGUCGAUUCCUGGGGCGUUCGCUCGUAGGAGAAGCGGUGGUGCAGGUACUUUUGUCUUUUUUUUUAGUCAAUUCUAACUGUUUCUACAGGUGUCAUAGGGUGGGCAGCGAACGGCCUGCACCAGAAGCCGCUUCUUCGAAAAAGUCCUCCCACUUCACGUCGUCUAGGGUGAGUUGAUGGAAGUUCUGGAUUCAUCUGUGUUCUUUUGUUUUUCAGGCAAACAGGAGCGGAUGGCAUUCUUCUGGUGAUAAAAAGCCGCCCUGCGAAGAUACUAACUGACGCUUUCUUUCACAGGUCACUCGUCAACGUCGCCCCUCGUCUUCUCAAGCGAUCGAUCGAGGAAGGAGGAACAACCGAAGAGGGGAUCUCGACACAGGUAUCAAAAACCCUCAGAGUUCAGAAUAACGUGGUCCUUUCAGUUCUUCGGGACUUCGUCGAUUCCUGGGGCGUUCGCUCGUAAGAGAAGCGGUGGUGCAGGUACUUUUGUCUUUUUUUAGUCAAUUCUAACUGUUUCUACAGGUGUCAUAGGGUGGGCAGCGAACGGCCUGCACCAGAAGCCACUUCUUCGAAAAAGUCCUCCCACUUCACGUCGUCUAGGGUGAGUUGAUGGAAGUUCUGGAUUUAUCUGUGUUCUUCUGUGUUUCAGGCAAACAGGAGCGGAUGGCAUUCUUCUAGUGAUAAAAACCGCCUUCUGAAGAAUCUAACUGACGUUUCCAUUCACAGGUCACUCGUCAACGUCGCCCUCGUCUUCUCCAGCGAUCGAUCGAGGAAGGAGGAACAACCGGAGAGGGGAUCUCGACACAGGUAUCGAAAACCCUCAGAAUUCAGAAUAACGUGGUCCUUUCAGUUCUUCGGGACUGCGUCGAUUCCUGGGGCGUUCGCUCGUAGGAGAAGCGGUGGUGCAGGUACUUUUUGUCUUUUUUUUAGUCAAUUCUAACUGUUUCUACAGGUGUCAUAGGGUGGGCAGCGAACGGCCUGCACCAGAAGCCACUUCUCCGAAAAAAAGUCCUCCCACUUCACGUCGUCUAUGGGUGAGUUGAUGGAAGUUCUGGAUUUAUCUGUGUUCUUUUAGUAUUCAGGCAAACAGGAGCGGAUGGCAUUCUUCUGGUGAUAAAAAAAUCGCCUUCUGAAGAAUCUAACUGACGUUUCCAUUCACAGGUCACUCGUCAACGUCGCCCUCGUCUUCUCCAGCGAUCGAUCGAGGAAGGAGGAACAACCGGAGAGGGGAUCUCGACACAGGUAUCGAAAAACCCUCAGAAUUCAGAAUAACGUGGUCCUUUCAGUUCUUCGGGACUGCGUCGAUUCCUGGGGCGUUCGCUCGUAGGAGAAGCGGUGGUGCAGGUACUUUUUGUCUUUUUUUAGUCAAUUCUAACUGUUUUCUACAGGUGUCAUAGGGUGGGCAGCGAACGGCCUGCACCAGAAGCCACUUCUCCGAAAAAAAGUCCUCCCACUUCACGUCGUCUAGGGUGAGUUGAUGGAAGUUCUGGAUUUAUCUGUGUUCUUUUAGUUUUUUUCAGGCAAACAGGAGCGGAUGGCAUUCUUCUGGUGAUAAAAAUCGCCUUCUGAAGAAUCUAACUGACGUUUCCAUUCACAGGUCACUCGUCAACGUCGCCCUCGUCUUCUCCAGCGAUCGAUCGAGGAAGGAGGAACAACCGGAGAGGGGAUCUCGACACAGGUAUCAAAAACCCUCAGAGUUCAGAAUAACGUGGUCCUUUCAGUUCUUCGGGACUGCGUCGAUUCCUGGGGCGUUCGCUCGUAGGAGAAGCGGUGGUGCAGGUACUUUUGUCUUUUUUUUUAGUCAAUUCUAACUGUUUCUACAGGUGUCAUAGGGUGGGCAGCGAACGGCCUGCACCAGAAGCCACUUCUCCGAAAAAGUCCUCCCACUUCACGUCGUCUAGGGUGAGUUGAUGGAAGUUCUGGAUUUAUCUGUGUUCUUUAGUUUUUCAGGCAAACAGGAGCGGAUGGCAUUCUUCUGGUGAUAAAAAUCGCCUUCUGAAGAAUCUAACUGACGUUUCCAUUCACAGGUCACUCGUCAACGUCGCCCUCGUCUUCUCCAGCGAUCGAUCGAGGAAGGAGGAACAACCGGAGAGGGGAUCUCGACACAGGUAUCGAAAACCCUCAGAAUUCAGAUUAACGUGGUCCUUUCAGUUCUUCGGGACUGCGUCGAUUCCUGGGGCGUUCGCUCGUAGGAGAAGCGGUGGUGCAGGUACUUUUGUCUUUUUUUUUAGGCAAUUCUAACUGUUUCUACAGGUGUCAUAGGGUGGGCAGCGAACGGCCUGCACCAGAAGCCACUUCUCCGAAAAAGUCCUCCCACUUCACGUCGUCUAUGGUGAGUUGAUGGAAGUUCUGGAUUUAUCUGUGUUCUUUAGUAUUCAGGCAAACAGGAGCGGAUGGCAUUCUUCUGGUGAUAAAAAUCGCCUUCUGAAGAAUCUAACUGACGUUUCCAUUCACAGGUCACUCGUCAACGUCGCCCUCGUCUUCUCCAGCGAUCGAUCGAGGAAGGAGGAACAACCGGAGAGGGGAUCUCGACACAGGUAUCGAAAAACCCUCAGAAUUCAGAAUAACGUGGUCCUUUCAGUUCUUCGGGACUGCGUCGAUUCCUGGGGCGUUCGCUCGUAGGAGAAGCGGUGGUGCAGGUACUUUUUGUCUUUUUUUAGUCAAUUCUAACUGUUUCUACAGGUGUCAUAGGGUGGGCAGCGAACGGCCUGCACCAGAAGCCACUUCUCCGAAAAAGUCCUCCCACUUCACGUCGUCUAUGGUGAGUUGAUGGAAGUUCUGGAUUUAUCUGUGUUCUUUAGUAUUCAGGCAAACAGGAGCGGAUGGCAUUCUUCUGGUGAUAAAAAUCGCCUUCUGAAGAAUCUAACUGACGUUUCCAUUCACAGGUCACUCGUCAACGUCGCCCUCGUCUUCUCCAGCGAUCGAUCGAGGAAGGAGGAACAACCGGAGAGGGGAUCUCGACACAGGUAUCGAAAACCCUCAGAAUUCAGAAUAACGUGGUCCUUUCAGUUCUUCGGGACUGCGUCGAUUCCUGGGGCGUUCGCUCGUAGGAGAAGCGGUGGUGCAGGUACUUUUUGUCUUUUUAGUCAAUUCUAACUGUUUCUACAGGUGUCAUAGGGUGGGCAGCGAACGGCCUGCACCAGAAGCCACUUCUCCGAAAAAAAGUCCUCCCACUUCACGUCGUCUAGGGUGAGUUGAUGGAAGUUCUGGAUUUAUCUGUGUUCUUUUAGUUUUUUUCAGGCAAACAGGAGCGGAUGGCAUUCUUCUGGUGAUAAAAAAAUCGCCUUCUGAAGAAUCUAACUGACGUUUCCAUUCACAGGUCACUCGUCAACGUCGCCCUCGUCUUCUCCAGCGAUCGAUCGAGGAAGGAGGAACAACCGGAGAGGGGAUCUCGACACAGGUAUCGAAAAACCCUCAGAAUUCAGAAUAACGUGGUCCUUUCAGUUCUUCGGGACUGCGUCGAUUCCUGGGGCGUUCGCUCGUAGGAGAAGCGGUGGUGCAGGUACUUUUUGUCUUUUUUUAGUCAAUUCUAACUGUUUCUACAGGUGUCAUAGGGUGGGCAGCGAACGGCCUGCACCAGAAGCCACUUCUCCGAAAAAAAGUCCUCCCACUUCACGUCGUCUAGGGUGAGUUGAUGGAAGUUCUGGAUUUAUCUGUGUUCUUUUAGUUUUUUUCAGGCAAACAGGAGCGGAUGGCAUUCUUCUGGUGAUAAAAAAAUCGCCUUCUGAAGAAUCUAACUGACGUUUCCAUUCACAGGUCACUCGUCAACGUCGCCCUCGUCUUCUCCAGCGAUCGAUCGAGGAAGGAGGAACAACCGGAGAGGGGAUCUCGACACAGGUAUCGAAAAACCCUCAGAAUUCAGAUUAACGUGGUCCUUUCAGUUCUUCGGGACUGCGUCGAUUCCUGGGGCGUUCGCUCGUAGGAGAAGCGGUGGUGCAGGUACUUUUUGUCUUUUUUUAGGCAAUUCUAACUGUUUCUACAGGUGUCAUAGGGUGGGCAGCGAACGGCCUGCACCAGAAGCCACUUCUCCGAAAAAAAGUCCUCCCACUUCACGUCGUCUAUGGUGAGUUGAUGGAAGUUCUGGAUUUAUCUGUGUUCUUUAGUAUUCAGGCAAACAGGAGCGGAUGGCAUUCUUCUGGUGAUAAAAAUCGCCUUCUGAAGAAUCUAACUGACGUUUCCAUUCACAGGUCACUCGUCAACGUCGCCCUCGUCUUCUCCAGCGAUCGAUCGAGGAAGGAGGAACAACCGGAGAGGGGAUCUCGACACAGGUAUCAAAAACCCUCAGAGUUCAGAAUAACGUGGUCCUUUCAGUUCUUCGGGACUUCGUCGAUUCCCGGGGCGUUCGCUCGUAGGAGAAGCGGUGGUGCAGGUACUUUUGUCUUUUUUUAGUCAAUUCUGUUUCUACAGGUGUCAUAGGGUGGGCAGCGAACGGCCUGCACCAGAAGCCACUUCUCCGAAAAAGUCCUCCCACUUCACGUCGUCUAUGGUGAGUUGAUGGAAGUUCUAGAUUUAUCUGUGUUCUUUAGUUUUUCAGGCAAACAUGAGCGGAUGGCAUUCUUCUGGUGAUAAAAAUCGCCUUCUGAAGAAUCUAACUGACGUUUCCAUUCACAGGUCACUCGUCAACGUCGCCCCUCGUCUUCUCCAGCGAUCGAUCGAGGAAGGAGGAACAACCGGAGAGGGGAUCUCGACACAGGUAUCGAAAAACCCUCAGAAUUCAGAAUAACGUGGUCCUUUCAGUUCUUCGGGACUGCGUCGAUUCCUGGGGCGUUCGCUCGUAGGAGAAGCGGUGGUGCAGGUACUUUUGUCUUUUUUUAGUCAAUUCUAACUGUUUCUACAGGUGUCAUAGGGUGGGCAGCGAACGGCCUGCACCAGAAGCCACUUCUCCGAAAAAGUCCUCCCACUUCACGUCGUCUAGGGUGAGUUGAUGGAAGUUCUGGAUUUAUCUGUGUUCUUUAGUUUUUCAGGCAAACAGGAGCGGAUGGCAUUCUUCUGGUGAUAAAAAUCGCCUUCUGAAGAAUCUAACUGACGUUUCCAUUCACAGGUCACUCGUCAACGUCGCCCUCGUCUUCUCCAGCGAUCGAUCGAGGAAGGAGGAACAACCGGAGAGGGGAUCUCGACACAGGUAUCGAAAACCCUCAGAAUUCAGAAUAACGUGGUCCUUUCAGUUCUUCGGGACUGCGUCGAUUCCUGGGGCGUUCGCUCGUAGGAGAAGCGGUGGUGCAGGUACUUUUGUCUUUUUUUUUAGUCAAUUCUAACUGUUUCUACAGGUGUCAUAGGGUGGGCAGCGAACGGCCUGCACCAGAAGCCACUUCUCCGAAAAAGUCCUCCCACUUCACGUCGUCUAGGGUGAGUUGAUGGAAGUUCUGGAUUUAUCUGUGUUCUUUUAGUUUUUCAGGCAAACAGGAGCGGAUGGCAUUCUUCUGGUGAUAAAAAAAUCGCCUUCUGAAGAAUCUAACUGACGUUUCCAUUCACAGGUCACUCGUCAACGUCGCCCCUCGUCUUCUCCAGCGAUCGAUCGAGGAAGGAGGAACAACCGGAGAGGGGAUCUCGACACAGGUAUCGAAAACCCUCAGAAUUCAGAAUAACGUGGUCCUUUCAGUUCUUCGGGACUGCGUCGAUUCCUGUGGCGUUCGCUCGUAGGAGAAGCGGUGGUGCAGAUACUUUUGUCUUUUUUUAGUCAAUUCUAACUGUUUCUACAGGUGUCAUAGGGUGGGCAGCGAACGGCCUGCACCAGAAGCCACUUCUUCGAAAAAGUCCUCCCACUUCACGUCGUCUAGGGUGAGUUGAUGGAAGUUCUGGAUUCAUCUGUGUUCUUUUGUUUUUCAGGCAAACAGGAGCGGAUGGCAUUCUUCUGGUGAUAAAAAUCGCCUUCUGAAGAAUCUAACUGACGUUUCCAUUCACAGGUCACUCGUCAACGUCGCCCUCGUCUUCUCCAGCGAUCGAUCGAGGAAGGAGGAACAACCGGAGAGGGGAUCUCGACACAGGUAUCAAAAAAACCCUCAGAGUUCAGAAUAACGUGGUCCUUUCAGUUCUUCGGGACUUCGUCGAUUCCCGGGGCGUUCGCUCGUAGGAGAAGCGGUGGUGCAGGUACUUUUGUCUUUUUAGUCAAUUCUGUUUCUACAGGUGUCAUAGGGUGGGCAGCGAACGGCCUGCACCAGAAGCCACUUCUCCGAAAAAAAGUCCUCCCACUUCACGUCGGCUAUGGUGAGUUGAUGGAAGUUCUAGAUUUAUCUGUGUUCUUUAGUUUUUUUCAGGCAAACAUGAGCGGAUGGCAUUCUUCUGGUGAUAAAAAAAUCGCCUUCUGAAGAAUCUAACUGACGUUUCCAUUCACAGGUCACUCGUCAACGUCGCCCUCGUCUUCUCCAGCGAUCGAUCGAGGAAGGAGGAACAACCGGAGAGGGGAUCUCGACACAGGUAUCGAAAACCCUCAGAAUUCAGAAUAACGUGGUCCUUUCAGUUCUUCGGGACUUCGUCGAUUCCCGGGGCGUUCGCUCGUAGGAGAAGCGGUGGUGCAGGUACUUUUGUCUUUUUUUAGUCAAUUCUGUUUCUACAGGUGUCAUAGGGUGGGCAGCGAACGGCCUGCACCAGAAGCCACUUCUCCGAAAAAAAGUCCUCCCACUUCACGUCGUCUAUGGUGAGUUGAUGGAAGUUCUGGAUUUAUCUGUGUUCUUUAGUUUUUCAGGCAAACAGGAGCGGAUGGCAUUCUUCUGGUGAUAAAAAUCGCCUUCUGAAGAAUCUAACUGACGUUUCCAUUCACAGGUCACUCGUCAACGUCGCCCUCGUCUUCUCCAGCGAUCGAUCGAGGAAGGAGGAACAACCGAAGAGGGGAUCUCGACACAGGUAUCAAAAACCCUCAGAGUUCAGAAUAACGUGGUCCUUUCAGUUCUUCGGGACUUCGUCGAUUCCUGGGGCGUUCGCUCGUAAGAGAAGCGGUGGUGCAGGUACUUUUGUCUUUUUUUAGUCAAUUCUAACUGUUUCUACAGGUGUCAUAGGGUGGGCAGUGAACGGCCUGCACCAGAAGCCAUUUCUUCGAAAAAGUCCUCCCACUUCACGUCGUCUAGGGUGAGUUGAUGGAAGUUCUGGAUUUAUCUGUGUUCUUCUGUGUUUCAGGCAAACAGGAGCGGAUGGCAUUCUUCUAGUGAUAAAAACCGCCUUCUGAAGAAUCUAACUGACGUUUCCAUUCACAGGUCACUCGUCAACGUCGCCCUCGUCUUCUCCAGCGAUCGAUCGAGGAAGGAGGAACAACCGGAGAGGGGAUCUCGACACAGGUAUCGAAAACCCUCAGAAUUCAGAAUAACGUGGUCCUUUCAGUUCUUCGGGACUGCGUCGAUUCCUGGGGCGUUCGCUCGUAGGAGAAGCGGUGGUGCAGGUACUUUUGUCUUUUUUUAGUCAAUUCUGUUUCUACAGGUGUCAUAGGGUGGGCAGCGAACGGCCUGCACCAGAAGCCACUUCUCCGAAAAAGUCCUCCCACUUCACGUCGUCUAUGGUGAGUUGAUGGAAGUUCUGGAUUUAUCUGUGUUCUUCUGUGUUUCAGGCAAACAGGAGCGGAUGGCAUUCUUCUAGUGAUAAAAAAACCGCCUUCUGAAGAAUCUAACUGACGUUUCCAUUCACAGGUCACUCGUCAACGUCGCCCUCGUCUUCUCCAGCGAUCGAUCGAGGAAGGAGGAACAACCGGAGAGGGGAUCUCGACACAGGUAUCGAAAAACCCUCAGAAUUCAGAAUAACGUGGUCUUUUUCAGUUCUUCGGGACUGCGUCGAUUCCUGGGGCGUUCGCUCGUAGGAGAAGCGGUGGUGCAGGUACUUUUUGUCUUUUUUUAGUCAAUUCUAACUGUUUCUACAGGUGUCAUAGGGUGGGCAGCGAACGGCCUGCACCAGAAGCCACUUCUCCGAAAAAGUCCUCCCACUUCACGUCGUCUAGGGUGAGUUGAUGGAAGUUCUGGAUUUAUCUGUGUUCUUUAGUUUUUUUCAGGCAAACAGGAGCGGAUGGCAUUCUUCUGGUGAUAAAAAAAUCGCCUUCUGAAGAAUCUAACUGACGUUUCCAUUCACAGGUCACUCGUCAACGUCGCCCUCGUCUUCUCCAGCGAUCGAUCGAGGAAGGAGGAACAACCGGAGAGGGAUCUCGACACAGGUAUCGAAAACCCUCAGAAUUCAGAAUAACGUGGUCCUUUCAGUUCUUCGGGACUGCGUCGAUUCCUGGGGCGUUCGCUCGUAGGAGAAGCGGUGGUGCAGGUACUUUUGUCUUUUUUUAGUCAAUUCUGUUUCUACAGGUGUCAUAGGGUGGGCAGCGAACGGCCUGCACCAGAAGCCACUUCUCCGAAAAAGUCCUCCCACUUCACGUCGUCUAUGGUGAGUUGAUGGAAGUUCUGGAUUUAUCUGUGUUCUUUAGUAUUCAGGCAAACAGGAGCGGAUGGCAUUCUUCUGGUGAUAAAAAUCGCCUUCUGAAGAAUCUAACUGACGUUUCCAUUCACAGGUCACUCGUCAACGUCGCCCUCGUCUUCUCCAGCGAUCGAUCGAGGAAGGAGGAACAACCGGAGAGGGAUCUCGACACAGGUAUCGAAAACCCUCAGAAUUCAGAAUAACGUGGUCCUUUCAGUUCUUCGGGACUGCGUCGAUUCCUGGGGCGUUCGCUCGUAGGAGAAGCGGUGGUGCAGGUACUUUUGUCUUUUUUUUUAGUCAAUUCUAACUGUUUCUACAGGUGUCAUAGGGUGGGCAGCGAACGGCCUGCACCAGAAGCCACUUCUCCGAAAAAGUCCUCCCACUUCACGUCGUCUAUGGUGAGUUGAUGGAAGUUCUGGAUUUAUCUGUGUUCUUCUGUGUUUCAGGCAAACAGGAGCGGAUGGCAUUCUUCUAGUGAUAAAAACCGCCUUCUGAAGAAUCUAACUGACGUUUCCAUUCACAGGUCACUCGUCAACGUCGCCCUCGUCUUCUCCAGCGAUCGAUCGAGGAAGGAGGAACAACCGGAGAGGGGAUCUCGACACAGGUAUCGAAAACCCUCAGAAUUCAGAAUAACGUGGUCCUUUCAGUUCUUCGGGACUGCGUCGAUUCCUGGGGCGUUCGCUCGUAGGAGAAGCGGUGGUGCAGGUACUUUUGUCUUUUUUUAGUCAAUUCUAACUGUUUCUACAGGUGUCAUAGGGUGGGCAGCGAACGGCCUGCACCAGAAGCCACUUCUCCGAAAAAAAGUCCUCCCACUUCACGUCGUCUAGGGUGAGUUGAUGGAAGUUCUGGAUUUAUCUGUGUUCUUUAGUUUUUUUCAGGCAAACAGGAGCGGAUGGCAUUCUUCUGGUGAUAAAAAAAUCGCCUUCUGAAGAAUCUAACUGACGUUUCCAUUCACAGGUCACUCGUCAACGUCGCCCCUCGUCUUCUCCAGCGAUCGAUCGAGGAAGGAGGAACAACCGGAGAGGGGAUCUCGACACAGGUAUCGAAAAACCCUCAGAAUUCAGAAUAACGUGGUCCUUUCAGUUCUUCGGGACUGCGUCGAUUCCUGGGGCGUUCGCUCGUAGGAGAAGCGGUGGUGCAGGUACUUUUGUCUUUUUUUUUAGUCAAUUCUAACUGUUUCUACAGGUGUCAUAGGGUGGGCAGCGAACGGCCUGCACCAGAAGCCACUUCUCCGAAAAAGUCCUCCCACUUCACGUCGUCUAUGGUGAGUUGAUGGAAGUUCUGGAUUUAUCUGUGUUCUUUAGUAUUCAGGCAAACAGGAGCGGAUGGCAUUCUUCUGGUGAUAAAAAUCGCCUUCUGAAGAAUCUAACUGACGUUUCCAUUCACAGGUCACUCGUCAACGUCGCCCUCGUCUUCUCAAGCGAUCGAUCGAGGAAGGAGGAACAACCGAAGAGGGGAUCUCGACACAGGUAUCAAAAACCCUCAGAGUUCAGAAUAACGUGGUCCUUUCAGUUCUUCGGGACUUCGUCGAUUCCUGGGGCGUUCGCUCGUAGGAGAAGCGGUGGUGCAGGUACUUUUGUCUUUUUUUAGUCAAUUCUGUUUCUACAGGUGUCAUAGGGUGGGCAGCGACCGGCCUGCACCAGAAGCCACUUCUCCGAAAAAGUCCUCCCACUUCACGUCGUCUAUGGUGAGUUGAUGGAAGUUCUAGAUUUAUCUGUGUUCUUUAGUUUUUCAGGCAAACAUGAGCGGAUGGCAUUCUUCUGGUGAUAAAAAUCGCCUUCUGAAGAAUCUAACUGACGUUUCCAUUCACAGGUCACUCGUCAACGUCGCCCUCGUCUUCUCCAGCGAUCGAUCGAGGAAGGAGGAACAACCGGAGAGGGGAUCUCGACACAGGUAUCGAAAACCCUCAGAAUUCAGAAUAACGUGGUCCUUUCAGUUCUUCGGGACUGCGUCGAUUCCUGUGGCGUUCGCUCGUAGGAGAAGCGGUGGUGCAGAUACUUUUGUCUUUUUUUUUAGUCAAUUCUAACUGUUUCUACAGGUGUCAUAGGGUGGGCAGCGAACGGCCUGCACCAGAAGCCACUUCUCCGAAAAAGUCCUCCCACUUCACGUCGUCUAUGGUGAGUUGAUGGAAGUUCUAGAUUUAUCUGUGUUCUUUAGUUUUUCAGGCAAACAUGAGCGGAUGGCAUUCUUCUGGUGAUAAAAAUCGCCUUCUGAAGAAUCUAACUGACGUUUCCAUUCACAGGUCACUCGUCAACGUCGCCCUCGUCUUCUCCAGCGAUCGAUCGAGGAAGGAGGAACAACCGGAGAGGGGAUCUCGACACAGGUAUCGAAAACCCUCAGAAUUCAGAAUAACGUGGUCCUUUCAGUUCUUCGGGACUUCGUCGAUUCCUGGGGCGUUCGCUCGUAGGAGAAGCGGUGGUGCAGGUACUUUUGUCUUUUUUUUAGUCAAUUCUAACUGUUUCUACAGGUGUCAUAGGAUGGGCAGCGAACGGCCUGCACCAGAAGCCACUUCUCCGAAAAAGUCCUCCCACUUCACGUCGUCUAUGGUGAGUUGAUGGAAGUUCUGGAUUUAUCUGUGUUCUUUAGUUUUUCAGGCAAACAGGAGCGGAUGGCAUUCUUCUGGUGAUAAAAAUCGCCUUCUGAAGAAUCUAACUGACGCUUUCUUUCACAGGUCACUCGUCAACGUCGCCCUCGUCUUCUCAAGCGAUCGAUCGAGGAAGGAGGAACAACCGAAGAGGGGAUCUCGACACAGGUAUCAAAAACCCUCAGAGUUCAGAAUAACGUGGUCCUUUCAGUUCUUCGGGACUUCGUCGAUUCCUGGGGCGUUCGCUCGUAAGAGAAGCGGUGGUGCAGAUACUUUUGUCUUUUUUUAGUCAAUUCUAACUGUUUCUACAGGUGUCAUAGGGUGGGCAGCGAACGGCCUGCACCAGAAGCCACUUCUUCGAAAAAGUCCUCCCACUUCACGUCGUCUAGGGUGAGUUGAUGGAAGUUCUGGAUUUAUCUGUGUUCUUCUGUGUUUCAGGCAAACAGGAGCGGAUGGCAUUCUUCUAGUGAUAAAAAAACCGCCUUCUGAAGAAUCUAACUGACGUUUCCAUUCACAGGUCACUCGUCAACGUCGCCCUCGUCUUCUCCAGCGAUCGAUCGAGGAAGGAGGAACAACCGAGAGGGGAUCUCGACACAGGUAUCGAAAAACCCUCAGAAUUCAGAAUAACGUGGUCCUUUCAGUUCUUCGGGACUGCGUCGAUUCCUGGGGCGUUCGCUCGUAGGAGAAGCGGUGGUGCAGGUACUUUUUGUCUUUUUAGUCAAUUCUAACUGUUUCUACAGGUGUCAUAGGGGUGGGCAGCGAACGGCCUGCACCAGAAGCCACUUCUCCGAAAAAGUCCUCCCACUUCACGUCGUCUAUGGUGAGUUGAUGGAAGUUCUGGAUUUAUCUGUGUUCUUUAGUUUUUCAGGCAAACAGGAGCGGAUGGCAUUCUUCUGGUGAUAAAAAUCGCCUUCUGAAGAAUCUAACUGACGUUUCCAUUCACAGGUCACUCGUCAACGUCGCCCUCGUCAUCUCCAGCGAUCGAUCGAGGAAGGAGGAACAACCGGAGAGGGGAUCUCCACACAGGUAUCAAAAACCCUCAGAGUUCAGAAUAACGUGGUCCUUUCAGUUCUUCGGGACUUGGUCGAUUCCUGGGGCGUUCGCUCGUAGAAGAAGCGGUGGUGCAGGUACUUUUGUCUUUUUUUAGUCAAUUCUAACUGUUUCUACAGGUGUCAUAGGGUGGGCAGCGAACGGCCUGCACCAGUAGCCACUUCUCCGAAAAAGUCCUCCCACUUCACGUCGUCUAUGGUGAGUUGAUGGAAGUUCUGGAUUUAUCUGUGUUCUUUAGUUUUUCAGGCAAACAGGAGCGGAUGGCAUUCUUCUGGUGAUAAAAAUCGCCUUCUGAAGAAUCUAACUGACGUUUCCAUUCACAGGUCACUCGUCAACGUCGCCCUCGUCUUCUCCAGCGAUCGAUCGAGGAAGGAGGAACAACCGAAGAGGGGAUCUCGACACAGGUAUCAAAAACCCUCAGAGUUCAGAAUAACGUGGUUCUUUCAGUUCUUCGGGACUUCGUCGAUUCCUGGGGCGUUCGCUCGUAGGAGAAGCGGUGGUGCAGGUACUUUUGUCUUUUUUUUGUCAAUUCUAACUGUUUCUACAGGUGUCAUAGGGUGGGCAGCGAACGGCCUGCACCAGAAGCCACUUCUUCGAAAAAGUCCUCCCACUUCACGUCGUCUAUGGUGAGUUGAUGGAAGUUCUGGAUUUAUCUGUGUUCUUUAGUUUUUUUCAGGCAAACAGGAGCGGAUGGCAUUCUUCUGGUGAUAAAAAUCGCCUUCUGAAGAAUCUAACUGACGUUUCCAUUCACAGGUCACUCGUCAACGUCGCCCUCGUCUUCUCCAGCGAUCGAUCGAGGAAGGAGGAACAACCGGAGAGGGGAUCUCGACACAGGUAUCGAAAAACCCUCAGAAUUCAGAAUAACGUGGUCCUUUCAGUUCUUCGGGACUGCGUCGAUUCCUGGGGCGUUCGCUCGUAGGAGAAGCGGUGGUGCAGGUAAUUUUAUCUUUUCUGAAGUCAACUUUGAAUGUUUCCACAGGUGCUAAAGGGUGGGCAGCGAACGGCCUGCACCAGAAGCCGCUUCUUCGAAAAAGUCCUCCCACUUCACGUCGUCUAGGGUGAGUUGAUGGAAGUUCUGGAUUUAUCUGUGGUCUUUUUGUUUUUUUCAGGCAAACAGGAGCGGAAGGCAUUCUUCUGGUGAUAAAAAGCCGCCCUGCGAAGAUUCUAACUGACGCUUUCUUUCACAGGUCACUCGUCAACGUCGCCCUCAUCUUCUCAAGCGAUCGAUCGAGGAAGGAGGAACAACCGAAGAGGGGAUCUCGACACAGGUAUCAAAAAAACCCUCAGAGUUCAGAAUAACGUGGUCCUCUCAGUUCUUCGGGGACUUCGUCGAUUCCUGGGGCGUUCGCUCGUAGGAGAAGCGGUGGUGCAGGUACUUUUGUCUUUUUUUAGUCAAUUCUGUUUCUACAGGUGUCAUAGGGUGGGCAGCGAACGGCCUGGACCAGAAGCCACUUCUCCGAAAAAGUCCUCCCACUUCACGUCGUCUAUGGUGAGUUGAUGGAAGUUCUGGAUUUAUCUGUGGUCUUUAGUUUUUCAGGCAAACAGGAGCGGAUGGCAUUCUUCUGGUGAUAAAAAUCGCCUUCUGAAGAAUCUAACUGACGUUUCCAUUCACAGGUCACUCGUCAACGUCGCCCUCGUCUUCUCCAGCGAUCGAUCGAGGAAGGAGGAACAACCGAGAGGGGAUCUCGACACAGGUAUCGAAAAACCCUCAGAAUUCAGAAUAACGUGGUCCUUUCAGUUCUUCGGGACUGCGUCGAUUCCUGUGGCGUUCGCUCGUAGGAGAAGCGGUGGUGCAGGUAAUUUUAUCUUUUCUGAAGUCAACUUUGAAUGUUUCCACAGGUGCUAAAGGGUGGGCAGCGAACGGCCUGCACCAGAAGCCGCUUCUUCGAAAAAGUCCUCCCACUUCACGUCGUCUAGGGUGAGUUGAUGGAAGUUCUGGAUUUAUCUGUGGUCUUUAGUUUUUCAGGCAAACAGGAGCGGAUGGCAUUCUUCUGGUGAUAAAAAUCGCCUUCUGAAGAAUCUAACUGACGUUUCCAUUCACAGGUCACUCGUCAACGUCGCCCUCGUCUUCUCCAGCGAUCGAUCGAGGAAGGAGGAACAACCGGAGAGGGGAUCUCGACACAGGUAUCGAAAACCCUCAGAAUUCAGAAUAACGUGGUCCUUUCAGUUCUUCGGGACUGCGUCGAUUCCUGUGGCGUUCGCUCGUAGGAGAAGCGGUGGUGCAGGUAAUUUUAUCUUUUCUGAAGUCAACUUUGAAUGUUUCCACAGGUGCUAAAGGGUGGGCAGCGAACGGCCUGCACCAGAAGCCGCUUCUUCGAAAAAGUCCUCCCACUUCACGUCGUCUAGGGUGAGUUGAUGGAAGUUCUGGAUUUAUCUGUGGUCUUUUGUUUUUCAGGCAAACAGGAGCGAAAGGCAUUCUUCUGGUGAUAAAAGCCGCCCUGCGAAGAUUCUAACUGACGCUUUCUUUCACAGGUCACUCGUCAACGUCGCCCUCAUCUUCUCAAGCGAUCGAUCGAGGAAGGAGGAACAACCGAAGAGGGGAUCUCGACACAGGUAUCAAAAACCCUCAGAGUUCAGAAUAACGUGGUCCUCUCAGUUCUUCGGGACUUCGUCGAUUCCUGGGGCGUUCGCUCGUAGGAGAAGCGGUGGUGCAGGUACUUUUUGUCUUUUUUUAGUCAAUUCUAACUGUUUCUACAGGUGUCAUAGGGUGGGCAGCGAACGGCCUGCACCAGAAGCCACUUCUUCGAAAAAGUCCUCCCACUUCACGUCGUCUAGGGUGAGUUGAUGGAAGUUCUGGAUUCAUCUGUGUUCUUUUUGUUCUUCAGGCAAACAGGAGCGGAUGGCAUUCUUCUGGUGAUAAAAAGCCGCCCUGCGAAGAUACUAACUGACGCUUCCAUUUGCAGGUCACUCGUCAACGUCGCCCUCGUCUUCUCGAGCGAUCGAUCGAGGAAGGAGGAACAACCGAAGAGGGGAUCUCGACACAGGUAUCAAAAAAACCCUCAGAAUUCAGAAUAACGUGGUCCUUUCAGUUCAUCGGGACUUCGUCGAUUCCUGGGGCGUUCGCUCGUAGGAGAAGCGGUGGUGCAGGUACUUUUGUCUUUUUUUAGUCAAUUCUAACUGUUUCUACAGGUGUCAUAGGGUGGGCAGCGAACGGCCUGCACCAGAAGCCACUUCUUCGAAAAAGUCCUCCCACUUCACGUCGUCUAGGGUGAGUUGAUGGAAGUUCUGGAUUUAUCUGUGUUCUUUUGUUUUUCAGGCAAACAGGAGCGGAUGGCAUUCUUCUGGUGAUAAAAACCGCCUUCUGAAGAAUCUAACUGACGUUUCCAUUCACAGGUCACUCGUCAACGUCGCCCUCGUCUUCUCCAGCGAUCGAUCGAGGAAGGAGGAACAACCGGAGAGGGGAUCUCGACACAGGUAUCAAAAACCCUCAGAGUUCAGAAUAACGUGGUCCUUUCAGUUCAUCGGGACUUCGUCGAUUCCUGGGGCGUUCGCUCGUAGGAGAAGCGGUGGUGCAGGUACUUUUGUCUUUUUUCAGUCAAUUCUAACUGUUUCUACAGGUGUCAUAGGGUGGGCAGCGAACGGCCUGCACCAGAAGCCACUUCUUCGAAAAAGUCCUCCCACUUCACGUCGUCUAGGGUGAGUUGAUGGAAGUUCUGGAUUUAUCUGUGUUCUUUUUGUUCUUCAGGCAAACAGGAGCGGAUGGCAUUCUUCUGGUGAUAAAAAAACCGCCUUCUGAAGAAUCUAACUGACGUUUCCAUUCACAGGUCACUCGUCAACGUCGCCCUCGUCUUCUCCAGCGAUCGAUCGAGGAAGGAGGAACAACCGAAGAGGGGAUCUCGACACAGGUAUCAAAAACCCUCAGAAUUCAGAAUAACGUGGUCCUUUCAGUUCAUCGGGACUUCGUCGAUUCCUGGGGCGUUCGCUCGUAGGAGAAGCGGUGGUGCAGGUACUUUUUGUCUUUUUUUAGUCAAUUCUAACUGUUUCUACAGGUGUCAUAGGGUGGGCAGCGAACGGCCUGCACCAGAAGCCACUUCUUCGAAAAAGUCCUCCCACUUCACGUCGUCUAGGGUGAGUUGAUGGAAGUUCUGGAUUCAUCUGUGUUCUUUUGUUCUUCAGGCAAACAGGAGCGGAUGGCAUUCUUCUGGUGAUAAAAGCCGCCCUGCGAAGAUACUAACUGACGCUUCCAUUUGCAGGUCACUCGUCAACGUCGCCCUCGUCUUCUCGAGCGAUCGAUCGAGGAAGGAGGAACAACCGAAGAGGGGAUCUCGACACAGGUAUCAAAAACCCUCAGAAUUCAGAAUAACGUGGUCCUUUCAGUUCAUCGGGACUUCGUCGAUUCCUGGGGCGUUCGCUCGUAGGAGAAGCGGUGGUGCAGGUACUUUUGUCUUUUUUUUAGUCAAUUCUAACUGUUUCUACAGGUGUCAUAGGGUGGGCAGCGAACGGCCUGCACCAGAAGCCACUUCUUCGAAAAAGUCCUCCCACUUCACGUCGUCUAGGGUGAGUUGAUGGAAGUUCUGGAUUUAUCUGUGUUCUUUUGUUCUUCAGGCAAACAGGAGCGGAUGGCAUUCUUCUGGUGAUAAAAACCGCCUUCUGAAGAAUCUAACUGACGUUUCCAUUCACAGGUCACUCGUCAACGUCGCCCUCGUCUUCUCCAGCGAUCGAUCGAGGAAGGAGGAACAACCGGAGAGGGGAUCUCGACACAGGUAUCAAAAACCCUCAGAGUUCAGAAUAACGUGGUCCUUUCAGUUCAUCGGGACUUCGUCGAUUCCUGGGGCGUUCGCUCGUAGGAGAAGCGGUGGUGCAGGUACUUUUGUCUUUUUUUUAGUCAAUUCUAACUGUUUCUACAGGUGUCAUAGGGUGGGCAGCGAACGGCCUGCACCAGAAGCCACUUCUUCGAAAAAGUCCUCCCACUUCACGUCGUCUAGGGUGAGUUGAUGGAAGUUCUGGAUUUAUCUGUGUUCUUUUGUUCUUCAGGCAAACAGGAGCGGAUGGCAUUCUUCUGGUGAUAAAAACCGCCUUCUGAAGAAUCUAACUGACGUUUCCAUUCACAGGUCACUCGUCAACGUCGCCCUCGUCUUCUCCAGCGAUCGAUCGAGGAAGGAGGAACAACCGGAGAGGGGAUCUCGACACAGGUAUCGAAAACCCUCAGAAUUCAGAAUAACGUGGUCCUUUCAGUUCUUCGGGACUUCGUCGAUUCCUGUGGCGUUCGCUCGUAGGAGAAGCGGUGGUGCCGGUACUUUUGUCUUUUUUUAGUCAAUUCUAACUGUUUCUACAGGUGUCAUAGGGUGGGUAGCGAACGGCCUGCACCAGUAGCCACUUCUCCGAAAAAGUCCUCCCACUUCACGUCGUCUAGGGUGAGUUGAUGGAAGUUCUGGAUUUAUCUGUGUUCUUUUGUUCUUCAGGCAAACAGGAGCGGAUGGCAUUCUUCUGGUGAUAAAAACCGCCUUCUGAAGAAUCUAACUGACGUUUCCAUUCACAGGUCACUCGUCAACGUCGCCCUCGUCUUCUCCAGCGAUCGAUCGAGGAAGGAGGAACAACCGGAGAGGGGAUCUCGACACAGGUAUCGAAAACCCUCAGAAUUCAGAAUAACGUGGUCCUUUCAGUUCUUCGGGACUGCGUCGAUUCCUGUGGCGUUCGCUCGUAGGAGAAGCGGUGGUGCCGGUACUUUUGUCUUUUUUUAGUCAAUUCUAACUGUUUCUACAGGUGUCAUAGGGUGGGUAGCGAACGGCCUGCACCAGUAGCCACUUCUCCGAAAAAGUCCUCCCACUUCACGUCGUCUAGGGUGAGUUGAUGGAAGUUCUGGAUUUAUCUGUGGUCUUUUGUUUUUCAGGCAAACAGGAGCGAAAGGCAUUCUUCUGGUGAUAAAAGCCGCCCUGCGAAGAUUCUAACUGACGUUUUCUUUCACAGGUCACUCGUCAACGUCGCCCUCAUCUUCUCAAGCGAUCGAUCGAGGAAGGAGGGACAACCGAAGAGGGGAUCUCGACACAGGUAUCAAAAACCCUCAGAGUUCAGAAUAACGUGGUCCUCUCAGUUCUUCGGGACUUCGUCGAUUCCUGGGGCGUUCGCUCGUAGAAGAAGCGGUGGUGCCGGUACUUUUGUCUUUUUUUAGUCAAUUCUAACUGUUUCUACAGGUGUCAUAGGGUGGGUAGCGAACGGCCUGCACCAGUAGCCACUUCUCCGAAAAAGUCCUCCCACUUCACGUCGUCUAUGGUGAGUUGAUGGAAGUUCUGGAUUUAUCUGUGUUCUUUAGUUUUUCAGGCAAACAGGAGCGGAUGGCAUUCUUCUGGUGAUAAAAAUCGCCUUCUGAAGAAUCUAACUGACGUUUCCAUUCACAGGUCACUCGUCAACGUCGCCCUCAUCUUCUCAAGCGAUCGAUCGAGGAAGGAGGGACAACCGAAGAGGGGAUCUCGACACAGGUAUCGAAAACCCUCAGAAUUCAGAAUAACGUGGUCCUUUCAGUUCUUCGGGACUGCGUCGAUUCCUGUGGCGUUCGCUCGUAGGAGAAGCGGUGGUGCAGGUAAUUUUAUCUUUUCUGAAGUCAACUUUGAAUGUUUCCACAGGUGCUAAAGGGUGGGCAGCGAACGGCCUGCACCAGAAGCCGCUUCUUCGAAAAAGUCCUCCCACUUCACGUCGUCUAGGGUGAGUUGAUGGAAGUUCUGGAUUUAUCUGUGGUCUUUUGUUUUUCAGGCAAACAGGAGCGAAAGGCAUUCUUCUGGUGAUAAAAGCGGCCCUGUGA